UGAACCAACACUUCUCUCACAAACGUCAGCCACACACAAUCAAAGGCGAAACCGACCUCGGUCCGUCAUCACGCUACGCCUUAGAACGUGUUCCGCUAACUGGGGAAUAAGAUGCGGAGAGAAUGGUUGGCUGUUGUCGAGUAGGUACAGGCGAACGGAUUCCUGACACAGGCAACCAGGCGUUCGCAUGUCAUUCCGUCAUUAGUCGACUCCAUGACUCGUCGAUACAGAAACAUUCGGUGCUGACGCACGAUUACUGUAGCCCAACAUGAACAAUGGGGGUGAAAAUGGAAGUCGUGAGCUAUUCCAAACGAGCUCACUGACCGGGACAGGGAGCGGAAGAGGGGGAGGGUCAGCUAUGAAUGGAGGAAGAGGGGGGACGACGUCCCUUCCUCGCCACAACUGGCAGCAGCAUCAGCCAUGGCUGCGGCAAUCCUGUGCGACAGGGAAUGGGUUGAGAGAAAGCUUUGUAUUUUCCACUGCUCCCGGCCGAAUGCGAUCAGCUGAAAGUGAUAGAGACAGUGGCUCCUUUUCCUUCGCUCCCCUCAACAGUGAGCUCCUCAGAAUGGCAGAACAGGCCAUUGCUUCACUGAGCAGCGCCAGCAGAGCACCCCCUCCCACGUUCUGCAAGCCUGGAACCACAGCCCCCUCUAGGCCAGCUCAUCCCAGACAUGCACCCACUCCUGCUCCCACGCCAUCGUUUCCCAGCCAUCCGUUCGUCCCGCAAUCCUCACCCUCGGUUUCUGACUCAAGGAGUCAUUUGGGACCUGGUGGGGGUCAAGGGGCGUCCGUCCCUCCUGCUGGGGGUCAAGCGGCGUCCUUCCCUGCUGAGGGUCAAGGGGCUUCCUUCCCUGGUGGGGGUCAAGGGGCAUCCUGCCAGCCUCCGUCAGCUUUCCAGCCUGCCUCGAAUUGCAUGGGGAGCAACACCAUGCGGAGCAGUGGCGGCCCACCCGAAGCUAGAGGGGAAGGGGGUAGAGGGGGGGUGGGUGCUGGCGAACCUGGGGUGAGACAGGAUUGGUCUCAUGGGGUGAGAGAAGGUGGCUCGGGCUCAGACAGAACCAGGCUGGCAGGUUCGGCCGAACCUCACCUGAACGUUCAGCAGCCGCAGCAGCUGCCGCCGCAGGAGGACGGGCUCUUCUUUGAAGAGGAUGAGCUGUUCCAGGACAUAGACGUGGAUGAGCUGGUGAGGCAAUCAACCCAGCAGCACAGCAGCACACCAGACAAAGAGAAGUCUUUGCAACAGGGUGCUACAGCUACACCUCAAGACAUGCGGCAGAAUCCGAUCAACAGCAACGCUUAUGAGAACCCCAGCGCCAACCACACUCCAUUCAACACAUACGAGCAUGCAGCAAUAGCGUCGAAUACGCCUCCACCCCUCGCUCCCCUGCUGCAGCAGCCAUGCUCCCAUGGCAUGCCUUUGUGGCAGUGCUCCUCGCUCCAAGCCCACAUCCAGGAGCGCAAGAACGAGCUGCUAGACGUCUCCAAUGACCUGCUGGACAACGCAGGCGACAUGAGCCCUAGGCGGGCGGAGGAGCUCAGAAUACGCAGGAAAUCGCUUCAGCAGGAGAUCAAAACACUGCAGCGGCACACCCCACAAGGCGCCAGCUCCCCUCACCCCUCCUCACUUUCCCCCGCUACACAUGCAUCUCCCUCCACCCACCCAUACCACUCCCCACCACUAUCCAACCCCCCCUACCGAUCCUCAACCACCACCUUCACGGCGCCCAGCUCUCGUCCCCCCCCUCCCUCCUCCAACUGGGGGUCUUUCUCGUCCCCGCCUCCCAGCAACAACUGGUCCUCGCCUCCUCCCUCCCGCCUCCCUCCCUCCUCUCCUCUGGGUGCCACGGCAGCAGCAGGGUCGUUUCUGCCAGCCAACGCAGGAGCAGGGAUGGGAUCAGGCACAGGGAGGGAUAUGGGGGCGAGCACGCAUGCAGGAUUGGGUAUAGGUGCGGGCAUAGCAGGUCGUGCAAGUGGAAUGAACGCUGGAGCAGGCAUGAGCGGAGGGUAUGCAGCCGUGAAUGGUGCGGUGAAUGGUGGAGGAGUUUCAUCCCCAAACGGAGGAGGAUAUGCAGCGGCGAAUGGAGGGGCGUAUGGAGUGGCGAAUGGAGGGGGGUAUGCAGGAGGGUAUUCAUCCCCAGGGUCUGAGAGCGCAGGGGUGGCCAGGAGGGCUGAGGCAGUACCUCUGUCGGAGGUGCGGUUCUCUGAGGGGUCCGUGGACAGGCAGUGGGCCAGGAGGGACUUUCCAUGGACUAGAGAGCUGGAGGAGCACAACUGGAAGCUGUUUGGCAACCGCUCGUUCCGGGCGAAUCAGAGGGAGGUGAUGAACGCUACCAUGAGCGGCAGAGACGUGUUCGUGCUCAUGCCCACUGGGGGUGGGAAGAGCCUCACCUACCAGCUCCCUGCAGUGUGCUCCCCUGGAGUCACCCUCGUGGUGUCGCCCCUCAUCUCCCUCAUCUGCGACCAGAUCAUGCACCUCGAACAGUACAACAUCCCUGCUGCAUGCCUGAGCGCCAGCCAGGAGUGGCCGGAGCAGCAGCGCAUUCUGCAGGAGCUGUGCUCGCCGUGCUGCCAGAUCAAGCUGCUCUAUGUCACCCCGGAGAAGAUCGCCAGGAGCGACAACCUGUUCCGGCACCUGGAGGGGCUGUACCGGCGUGACCUGCUGGUGCGCAUGGUGGUGGAUGAGGCUCACUGUGUCAGUCAGUGGGGGCAUGACUUCAGACCGGAUUACCAGGGUCUGGGUGUGCUCAAGAGCAAGUUCCCUUCGGUGCCUCUCAUGGCGCUCACAGCCACGGCCACCGAGGCAGUGCGGGCUGAUGUGGUCAGUGCACUGUGCCUCAAGCAGUGCGUUGUCUUCAAGCAGACCUUCAACCGACCCAACCUCAGGUAUGAGGUGCGGGCGAAGGGCCGGCGGUGCAUGGAUGACAUCGACUCAUUUAUUCGGAGGAGCGGGUUCUUAGGGGAGUCGGGCAUUGUGUACUGCCUGUCGAGGAACGACUGCGAGAAGACAGCCGAGCAGCUCACUAAGCUGGGCCACCGGGCGGGGUUCUACCACGCCAACAUUGCGGCACCCGAGCGAGCGGACGUGCAGAGGAGGUGGAGCAAGGACGAGAUCAACGUCAUCUGCGCCACGGUGGCCUUCGGCAUGGGCAUCAACAAGCCUGACGUUCGCUUUGUCGUCCACCACUCUCUCCCCAAGAGCAUCGAAGGGUACCACCAGGAGUCGGGGCGGGCAGGGAGAGACAACCUGCCUGCCACCUGCGUUCUCAUGUACAGCUAUGGCGAUUAUGCGCGGGUGAAGCACAUGCUGCUGCAGGGGGCGGCGGAUGCAGCAGCAGGGAGGGGCGGAGGGGUGGGGGGGAGAGGGGGCAUGGGCAUGGGGCCACAGCAGCAGCUGGAGACGAACCUGGACAAUCUGCACCGCAUGGUGGCGUACUGUGAGAACGACAUUGACUGCCGGCGCACGGUGCAGCUGUCGCACUUUGGCGAGCGCUUUGACCGCGCGCACUGCCGCCGCUCCUGUGACAACUGCUGCCGGGACGUGGCCGCUGCGCCCAGGGAUGUCACACGCCUUGCCCUGCGCAUUAUAUCCCUCAUACGGGAAACUGGCGAGCGACACACCCAGCAGUACAUCCUCGACCUCCUGCGAGGCUCUGCCAGUGCUCAGGUGAAGCGCAACGGGCACGUGGCUCUGGCGCAGCAAAUGGCGGAGGAGAACAAGGCGGGUGGGGGGGACGGGGAGGAGGGCGGAGGGGCGGCAGGGGGGUGGAGCCGGCGGGACAUGGAGCGCGUGGUGCGGCACUUGGUGUGUGAGGAGGUGGUGCGGGAGGACGUGAACAAGAGCGAGGUUUAUGGCUCUGUCUCGUCCCUACUCCGGGUGAAUGAACCCAAGGCAGGCGCGCUGCUGUCUGGGAAGCUUCACCUCACUCUCAGCUUCCCCAUUCAGAAGCGACCUGACUCCGCACAGGCUGCAACUGGUGCAGGCAGAACCGCAGCAGCUGCUGCUUCUGCCUCUGCCGUCACUCCCACCAGCAACACAGCAGGCCAGGGCAGGAGACGAGCCAGAAACAGCAGGGGCAACAUUGACACCAGGAAAGGCCCCACCGGUGCUGCUGCCAGCGGGGCGGACAGCAUGGGGCAUGGUGGCAGGGGGCAUGGCGGUAUGGAUGCAGAGGCAUGGGCAGAUGAGAUUGAAGGCGAUGAUGGAGAUAGGGGGUGGCCUGGAGGUGGUAGCCGGGGCUCCUCUGCCGGUGGUGGGUUGCCUCGUGGGGUUGAUUGGGGAGCUGAGGGAAGCGUGGAAGGAAGAGUUCAAGGAGCCGCAGGAGCUGCAGCGGCAGCAGGUGGAGGGAAGGGGGCGAUGCCCUUUCAGCAGAUGGCAGCUGCGGCUGCGGCUGCGGUGGAUUCUGCUGCACCCUUCUCGCCGCCCAAGCAGGCAGCUGAUGUGGUGCUGUCGGGUGCGGUCUACAAGGCUCUGCACGCUUUGAGGCAGACUCUGGUGCAGGAAUCGGGCAAGAACCUCGCGCCCUACCACAUCUUCGGCAACGCGCAGCUGGUGCUCAUCAGUCAGAGGCUGCCUCGCACUCUCGAUGCGCUGCAGGAGAUCCCCGGCAUUGGCAGAGUGAAAGUCAACAAGUACGGUGCCCGUGUGCUGGAGACCAUAGAGAGGCUUAUUGAAGAACACAAUAAAGGGAACAAAGGAGACAUUGGCGAUGGUCGCAACUUCAAUCCUCCGGAAGCAGCUCAUGACCAACCAAGGGAAGCAGUGAACGCAGGUACCAACUCCUCUGCUGCCGCCCCACCUCAUGCUGGUGCGAAUUCCGCAACAAGGACAGACAGGAAACCACAGUGUAUCUCCUCUGAUUCCGCUCUUCUGAAGAGGAGCCUUUGGAAUGAAGAUUCUGGAAACCCGGCGCCCCACUGUGCUGAUGCUGAAAGCAACAAGACUCCUGGUGGUGAUGGUGGUGUUGUUUGGGAGGAUACAGGAGGGCAUGUUGAAGUUGAUUUGCUGGGACGAAGCGCCAAGCGGGCUCGGGCGAGUGGCGAAAGCGGAGGUGAUUGUAUCGAGGUGGUUAAUGUAGAGGAAACUGGUGGGGUUGAGGGAUGGCGAAGUGGAAGGGAAGUGUUUGGGGAUGGUGGUGGCGAAAGUGGAGGGGGGAGGGCCAGGGGUGGAUUUGCGAAUGCAGGGGUUGCAAUGCCCGGCGCGGCAAUCGAGGAUGAUGACAAGGCCGGAUCUGAUUCAUUGUUUUCCGAAUAUGUGUUUCGAAAACGAUGGAGCUGAGGGAGUGUUGUGCUUACCUCAUUUGUUGAACAAUCAUUAUUGCCUAAUGUCA